CUCCUCCCCACCAUGCGUCCGUCUACCUGCCUGUCUGUCAGGUCGAUCAGUGGCUCUGUGAUCAGUCUGCAGCCCCUGGGAUGGAUGGGAGGGUUAAGAAAAAAAGAAAAAAAAAUCCCCGCUUUGCUCCUCUCUGUUCCCCUCUCCUCGAUAGUUCUGAGCUCCAAUCCUCGCCUGCAUGCGUGCGUGUGCGUGUGUGUGUGUUUGUGUGCGUGAACGGUGUGCUGCUGCUGGUUCACAGCAUACAGUCAAAGUGAAUGACUGUCUGUGGCGAGGCGGAGGGAGAAACUAGACCUCUUCUUCUUCUGGUGCACCGCUCCUCCAUUCGGGAAGAAAUUCCAGGAGGAUCCAUCGGAGGGACCCUGUGGUCCUGGGCAGAGCGUUAUGGCUCAGACGCUGCAGAUGGCGAUCCCCAACUUUGGCAACAAUGUCCUGGAGUGUCUGAACGAACAGCGGCUGCAGGGCCUCUAUUGUGACGUCUCCGUGGUCGUCAAGGGGCAUGCCUUUAAGGCUCAUCGUGCAGUUCUGGCAGCCAGCAGCUCCUACUUCCGGGAUCUGUUCAAUGCCGGCGGGAAGAGCUCUGUGGUGGAGCUGCCGCCGGCUGUGCAGCCGCAGAGCUUCCAGCAGAUUCUGGCCUUCUGCUACACGGGGCGCCUCAGCAUGAACAUCGGAGACCAGUUCCUGCUGAUGUACACCGCCGGUUUCCUCCAGAUCCAACAGAUAAUGGAGAAAGGCACAGAGUUUUUCCUCAAGGUCUCUUCCCCAAGCUGUGACUCCCAGGGUCUCCAUGCUGAGGAGACUCCGUCCUCCGAGCCCCAGAGUCCAGUCACCCAGACAGUCGGAGGGGUGGGUGUGGGGAUGGGUGUGGCUGCAGCGCCUGUAGGAAGGCCUGCUUCUUGUCUGACGCCUCUUCCCCUGGUAUCCAAGGUGAAGUCGGAACAAACGGCCACUACACCUCAGCAAGUCCCUCAACAGCAGCAGCAGGAGGGCUCACCCUACUCUGUGGUCUGCACCCCCGUGGCCAAGCGGCUGUGGGAGGGGGCCAACCGGGACGGGGGCGGGGGGUCUGGAGGAGGCGGGGGAGGUGGAAUGAGGAAAGCUGCACGCUACUCGUCCUCCUCCUCUUCUUCCUCGUCUUGUAACGCAGCGACGCAGGACACGUCUGGCCGAGGCCCGGCGACCGGUGUGGCGAUGGGAGCCGGCGGUGGCGGCGGCGCUUUAGUGGGAGGAGCUGGACUCAACACUAACCACAACAGUAACAACAACAAUGUUGGCACCCCUGAAGGCACCAGCCCGGGCACGCUCAGCAUGUACACCAGUGACUCGCCAAUCAGCUACCACGACGAUGAGGAGGAGGACGAGAUCGCGGACGAGAGCGCCGAAGAGCAGUACAGACAAAUCUGCAACAUGUACACCAUGUACAGCAUGCUGAACGCCGGAGCGGCAGUGGUCGGAGAACGGGUGGAGGCUUUGCCAGACUUGGCCCCCGAUUCGGGAGGCGGGCGUGGAGGCAAAGGGGGGCGGUCCCGGCAGGACCUGGCGUCGCUGCCCGCCGAGCUCAUCAGCCAGAUCGGCAACCGCUGCCACCCGAAGCUCUACGAGGAAGGCGACCCGGCGGAGAAGCUGGAGCUGGUCAGCGGCACCUCGGUCUUCAUCUCGCGCGCCCAGCUCAUGAACUGUCACGUCAGCGCUGGCACCCGCCACAAAGUGCUGCUCAGGCGGCUGCUGGCGGCGUUCUUUGACAGGAGCACACUAGCUAACAGCUGUGGAACCGGCAUCCGCUCAUCGACCAACGACCCCAGCCGGAAGCCAUUGGACAACAGAGUGCUGCAUGCGGUCAAAUUCUACUGCCAGAACUUCGCGCCGAGCUUCAAGGAGAGCGAGAUGAACGCCAUCGCGGCCGACAUGUGCACCAACGCCAGGCGCGUCGUACGGAAGAGCUGGAUCCCCAAGCUCAAGCUGCUGAUGGCCGACAGCGACGCAUACUCGGCCUUCCUGGCCGACAGCGUGAAGAUGGAGGCCGACGUGCUCGGGGUGGAGCAGGGUUUCGACCCUGCCUCUCUGGAAGCCGUGGCGGCGGCCGGCAAUAACAGCGAAGCUUCCAGCGGGACCAUGCCGGCUGACGCCAUGCCAGGGGCCGGCGGAGACGGCAGCACUUUAUUUUGAUCACACGGAGGCGGAUCGGACCGACUCGUUCUCCUGCGGUAAAGAGUCGAGAACAUUAGACCGCCGUGGUCUCCAUGACGGUUGUCACAUAACGCCCCCCCUUCCCUCCCAGCUGCCAGGUGGUUGGGAAUGCGUUUCUUCUCUCACAAGCUGCGUUUCCAUUGGACAUGUAAUUGCGCAAAUUGGAAUUACGAAAGUAAAUUAGAUAAAUGGAAAUAUGCUAAUUCUGGGGAAAAAACAAACACGUUUUUCAAUAAAAACGUCUUUGUGCUAGGAUGAAGGGGUUUUUCAGAUUUUUUUUGGUUGAACUUGGCGUAUUUCGGAAAGAACAUUUGUCCCAUCACUCGAGCAGCAUGAUCAACAACUGGAUGUUCCUGCGGCGGAAAAUACACGUUGGGAGAAGACGGGAAACGCUUGGUGGAUGAUGACACCACGUUUGUAACGACUUAUCGCGUGAACGGAUGUAUUCACAUGCAGCUUCAAAUGCGUUUCUUAUUUAAUGGGAAAGACCGUCAUUGCAAAAUUGUGCUUUUUCGACUUCAGCAGAUUAUCAAAACCGUUUUGCGCACAUUUGUCCUGGAAACGCAGCUACUGCUUGGUCAGUUUCUUGUACUUUCCUUCCUUUUGCUUGCUUUUGUCUUUCUCUAUCAGAAUGUUCUCGUUCUUCUGACAGAGACUGACAGAAAGACGUGGAGAAAGGUUGCAGAGUAAAGAGCGUGGCCCCCCUAGUUCCCCAAAAUCGAACACACACUCACCUCUUCAUUCCUGUGCAACCUUUCUCAACUUUUAGUUUUUCCACAUUUUUUUUUUAAGCUUUUAUUGUCACCAAGGCUCUUUCCCUUCACAAUCAAUCACCGACAUUCCCUGGGGAGGGCUGUCAGUGAGGGUAAUCCUGUUUGGAGAGAGCGAUAUUUUCCCUCCCCCAAACUCCGGUAACACUGUUGUUUUGAUAUUGAAUGUAUGCGAGGCGAAGCGUCCGAACUACAGCGUUGUAAGGCAGUGACGACUGAAAGAUUGUGCUGAGCCCCAUUUUCCUUUGACUGUUUAGUGUUUUGUGGCGUCGAUGAGGUCGAGGGUUGUACAUUUCGAUGUGUAUAUUGACAGUUUACAAUCUCCUGGCCCCGCUGUCUGAAACCCCCAACACCCUGUUACAAAAAUGUUUUUUGUUUACAUUGUUCUUUUUAUUAUUAUUAUUAUUGUUCCCAAGGCUCCUGUGGGAGGACAACAUAGCUACAGAUUGCAGUCAAAGAAAUUUGUUGGCGAUGAUUUUAUGUGGUACAAGUACAAUCAGGCUGCGUUUUUGUGAAGCAGAAGAUGCAUGUUUUUAUGGGUUUUUUUUUUAAUGUUCAACUCCCCAACCCCACCCCUCAAA